CUGGCGGCGUAAACGCGGGCCGCGAGCGACGCUGCGAGACCGGGGCGAGCCGGGCGCCCGCGCGGCGGGGACAGCCCGCGCCCAACAUGCGGAGGCCGGCGGCGGCAGCGGCGCGGGAGCGGGGGCCCGAGCGGGCGCCGGAGCCGGAGCCGGAGCGCGAACGGGGUCCGGAACGGGGGCCCGCGCCGCGCUGCUGAGGGAGCCCGGGCCGCCCAGCCCGGCCGCCCGGCCGCGGGGCCACGGCCACGGCCACGGCGGAGGCCGUCAGCUGAGAGCCACGAGAUUUGAGCCCCCAGGACCUGUCAGCAGCAUGUGUCCUCCCCCCAUGCGUGACCCCGAGGCCACCAAGAUGAGCGCUGCGGCCGGGCCCUCGCAAGCGCCCGUGUCUCACUAGCAGGAGCCCGCUGGGCGCCAUGGGGUGCUAGCCCCGAAGAGCCACCGCGACCGCAGGUCUCCGUGGAGCCGGGAUUUGCACGGCAGCAGAGUCACCGUGGAGAGGCCAGGGUACCACAAACUUAUGGAUUUUGACAAGAAAGGAGGGAAAGGGGAGUCGGAGGAGGGCCGGAGAAUGUCCAAGGCCGCCGGCCGGAGCAGCCACGGCGUCCGGAGCUCGGGGACCAGCUCGGGGGUCCUGAUGGUGGGCCCCAACUUCCGGGUCGGGAAGAAGAUAGGCUGUGGCAACUUCGGGGAGCUCCGGCUAGGAAAGAAUCUCUAUACAAAUGAAUACGUAGCUAUCAAAUUGGAGCCCAUCAAGUCCCGGGCGCCACAGCUGCACCUGGAGUACCGCUUCUACAAGCAGCUCAGCGCCGCAGGUACCCCGGGGCCGGGUGUGGGAGUGCGGGGGGAGCCCGCCCGGGCGUCGCGUGAGUCUGUGUGUCCUCCGCCCGCAGAGGGCGUCCCUCAGGUCUACUACUUCGGCCCGUGCGGGAAGUACAACGCCAUGGUGCUGGAGCUGCUCGGACCCAGCCUGGAGGACCUGUUCGACUUGUGCGACCGCACGUUCACACUCAAGACGGUGCUCAUGAUCGCCAUCCAGCUGAUCACGCGCAUGGAGUACGUGCACACCAAGAGCCUCAUCUACCGCGACGUGAAGCCCGAGAACUUCCUGGUGGGGCGACCGGGCACCAAGCGGCAGCACGCCAUCCACAUCAUCGACUUCGGCCUGGCCAAGGAGUACAUCGACCCCGAGACCAAGAAGCACAUCCCGUACCGCGAGCACAAGAGCCUGACGGGCACGGCGCGCUACAUGAGCAUCAACACGCACCUGGGCAAGGAGCAGAGCCGCCGUGAUGACCUGGAGGCGCUGGGCCACAUGUUCAUGUAUUUCCUGCGCGGCAGCCUGCCCUGGCAGGGGCUCAAGGCCGACACGCUCAAGGAGCGCUACCAGAAGAUCGGGGACACCAAGCGGGCCACGCCCAUCGAGGUGCUCUGUGAGAGCUUCCCAGAGGAGAUGGCCACGUACCUUCGCUACGUGCGGCGCCUGGACUUCUUUGAGAAGCCAGACUACGACUACCUGCGCAAGCUCUUCACCGACCUCUUUGACCGCAGCGGCUUCGUGUUCGACUACGAGUACGACUGGGCCGGGAAGCCCCUGCCCACGCCCAUCGGCACGGUCCACACCGACCUGCCCUCGCAGCCUCAGGUUCGGGAAAAAGCCCUGCUAUACAGCAAAAACCAGGCACUGAACUCCACGAACGGGGAGCUGAAUGCCGACGACCCCACCGCUGGCCACUCCAACGCCCCCAUCGCGGCCCCCGCGGAGGUGGAGGUGGCCGACGACGCCAAGUGCUGCUGCUUCUUCAAGAGGAGGAAGAGAAAAUCUCUGCAGCGACACAAGUGACCCCGGGGCGGUGGCCUCUGAAGCCUCCCGCCGCAGCCCCUCGGGGCCCGCUUGUCCACGGCCGCGUGGCCACCGCCGGACGCAGACUGCAGGCCCGGCAGAGCUGCCGGCCCCCGCGUGGGGUCACUUCCUUCACGUAAGACUUCGGCCGAGAUUUCUACACCUGUGUCUAGUCCUCCCCUCCGAGAGCAUUAACUAUUUAAAACAAGGAAGAGAGAAGACCACAGCGGCCGCCCUGCCUCGUGCCCCUGCGCGUCUGCUGAGUGAGUAGCGUGGCCGCCUCCGUCCAGCCCGCCGCUCGCCCGUUAGUGUCGUAAAGUGCAGCUUGUCUCCCUCGAUCCAAAGGCCGUUUUCUCGAGGGGGCGCUGCGGGGCGUUGCUGCCAGGGGUGAGCCCGCCCUGGGCCUCCCCAGACCAAAGGGGAAGGCGGGAUGGGAGCGGCCCCCAACCAAAAUGCUGCACCAAAGCCUAGGCCGGCGGGCGCGGCCCGCGGGGGUCCCGCGCACCUGCUCGUGGAGCCGCCGGCCUGGAACUCGGGGUGGCUACCGCGUGGCCCGUGGGCGGCGCGUGCCCACAGGCUCCUUGUGUCGCUCUGCGCUGCCGGCCGAGCCGUGGAGACAAGCGCCUUAAAGCCCAUCUGAGCCCCGCAGGUGCGUGCGGAGCGGGCAGCCCGUCGAUGCGGCCCCCGUGGUCCCCUGGGGCCCGCGUGCUGAGGGCAGAGCAACUGGGGGCGCCCCGCGUGUGCGUCUAGGUCUUGCUUUACAAAAAGUGUACAGAAAUGGCAAUUCCGUUUCUCUGAUGCUUCCUGGAAGCCAUAGAACUUAGGGGCUUUUUUAAAAAAAUAAAGGAAAAUGAAACCAA